AUGGCAUCAGCUGGUGGAAGGUGGGAGUUGCAGAUCAGGAUAGGCAAGGAGAUGGUUUGGUUUCAGAACAGAAGAGCAAAAUGGAGAAAACGAGAGCGAUUUGGUCAAAUGCAACAGGUUCGCACGCAUUUCUCCACUGCCUAUGAGCUGCCUUUGCUGACUCGAGCAGAGAACUAUGCCCAGAUACAGAACCCUUCCUGGAUCGGCAACAACGGUGCUGCCUCCCCUGUGCCUGCCUGUGUAGUGCCCUGUGACUCGGUGCCCUCCUGCAUGUCCCCCCAUGCUCAUCCCCACUCCACUGGAGGAGUCUCCGAAUUCCUGAGCGUCUCGGGUCCCGGCAGCCACGUGGGGCAGACACACAUGGGCAGCCUCUUUGGCAGUGCCGGCAUCAGCCCCAGCAUCAAUGGUUACGAGCUGAACGGCGAGCCCGACCGCAAGUCUUCCAGCAUUGCAGCCCUGCGGAUGAAAGCCAAGGAGCACAGUGCUGCCAUAUCGUGGGCAACAUGA